AAGGUCAACUUUGUGAACUAGUUAUCUUAAUAUAAAAAUCACAGAAUUUCAUGAAAUAUAUAUACUAUAUAGUACUGUUUUGAGUUAAUUUAAAGUGUCUUAAACCAUAAUCAAAGCAUUGCUUACUUUGAUGAGUUCCCUACUAACAUGAUUAGUCAACAUACCACUAUCAAUAAUAAAGCAAGUUAAAGAAGGGAUAGAGAAAAAAGAAGAACAAAGGAAAAGAGAAACAAAACCAAAGAAGAAGAAGAAAACUAAAGGUAAAAUACCUAUCACAAAGCAUUCUCCCUUCCUGGUUUAUUAUUCUCUUUGCUUUCCAUUUAACUACUUUAUCUCUGCCUCGCCUCUUUCAAGGAAAACAUCAUAUUUUCUCUCUUUUUCAUUCUUCCAUUGUUCUUCACUUCCUUCUAUCUAAUCUCUGUAUAUUAGGAACAGUCCUCACUUCAACUCUUCUCAUUUCUUUAAUUUGGUUUGAUUUAGUCUGUCAAGAUUACUGUCCUUGAAGGUGUGAUGGUAAGUUUCUUUUUCUCGUCUGUUUUUCUUGAGUUCAAUAAAUGGUGCCUGUAAACAAUUCAAGAACUUGGGCACCACAUAUGAGCACAAGGGAUUGUUCUCAAGGAUUCUGCAGUUUAUACUGCCCACAAUGGUGUUAUAUAAUCUUCCCACCUCCACCUCCAUUUGACUUCCCAGCUGAUGAUGAUUCUGGUCCAAAUUUCUCUCCUCUAGUUAUCGGCAUCAUCGGGAUUUUUACCAGUGCUUUCCUUCUAGUUAGCUACUAUGUCAUAAUGUCAAAGUGCUGUGGACACAGGAUUGCUUUAGGAAGAAGGGAAAAUCAUCUUAAUGAUUCAGAACUAGAAGAGAAUGAUCCUUCAAAUCAUGAGGCAUGGAAUGUGAACACAACAGGUUUAGACGAAUCUCUGAUCAAGUCAAUUAUGGUGUUUAAGUACAAGAAAGGAAGUGGAUUAGCUGAGGGAACAGAUUGUUCUGUUUGUCUGAGUGAAUUUCAAGAUGAUGAAAGCCUUAGACUUUUACCAAAAUGUAGCCAUGCUUUUCAUGUUACAUGCAUCGAUAUAUGGCUUAAAUCUCAUUCCAAUUGCCCUCUAUGUCGUGCUAAUAUUGUGUUUGUAAAUGCUUCACCACCUCCAUUACCACCUCCAGUUAUCGAAGCUCCUCUGAUGAAUGAAAGAACCUCCGAAAACCAACCUGAAAAUGACAUAGAAAUGGGGAUCAGAGAGGAAGAUGAAGAGGAAGUUGGUCCUCCCAAGAGGUUUAUAACACAAAGUACGAACCUACUAAUUAGAAGAUCAGUAUCAAUGGAUCAAGUGUCGCGAGAUGUUUUAUCUAUAGCUGAAAUACUAAAGAUUGAUCACGAUGAAGAUUGUGAAAUGGGAAAUUGCCCGUUUCACGAGAGAGAUGUCGGGACAUCAAGACAGGAAGUUGGGGAAGAAGAAGUAAGCACAUUACCGUAUUGUGUGCCAAGUCAUAUGGGGAUGAAGAGAUCUUUUUCCAGUGGGAGAUUCAUGUUCCCUAAACGUGGAAGAGGACAAAACAUGAUCAUCCCGUUAUGAAGUUUGUUUCGACUAUAUAACCAUGUGAAUUGGAUGAUCAGGCUGAGGGAUGCUCCCUCUUCUCGUCUCGAAAAAAAAUAAUUAUGCCAAAAUUAGGAGGAUUUGUGCAUUUAUGCCAUUAGAUAAACAGUUCAUAUAAAGAAAAAAGUUUGAGUAGGUUUUUGCUUUUAAGUAGUUGAGGUUUUUGUGUGUUGUCAGCUCAUCUUUCUACACUACCAAUAUUUUUUUUCUUUGAUAUCAUUUUGUGCCCAUCACAGUUAAAAGAAAAAACAAGUUCAAAUAUAAUGUAUUAUUUCACUAUGAGUUGAUGAAAAAAAAAAAGAA